AUGAGUGAGGAUCUGAAGAAAACCGGUUCUGUUGGCCAUGAGAAAAUGUCUCAAGAGCAACAGGCAAAGAUCAUUGAGGUGAGAAAGGUGAUAGGAACAUUAUCGGAUAAGGAAUCUGUGUAUUGUACUGAUGCAUCCAUUUCAAGGUAUUUAAAAUCGCAGAAUUGGAAUGUUAAGAAAGCGUCACAGAUGUUGAAGCAAAGCCUGAAAUGGAGACGGGAGUACAAACCCGAAGAGAUUCGCUGGGACGAUGUUUCUAAUGAAGCAAAGAUAGGGAAAAUGUAUAGAGCAAAUUAUUGUGACAAGCAUGGAAGGCCGGUGAUUAUAAUGCGAACGGAUCGCCAGAAUUCGAAGUCGUUAAAAGAAGAGAUUAAGCAUUUUGUUUACUGCAUGGAGAAUGCAGUUUUAAAUCUACCACCUCUCCAGGAACAGGUGGUCUGGCUGAUUGAUUUUCAUGGUUUCAAUUUAUCAAAUGUAUCAUUCAAGAUGACUCGUGAAAUUAGCCAUAUAUUACAAAAGUACUAUCCACAGCGACUCGGAUUGGCAAUCAUGUAUGAUGCACCUGGAAUUUUCCAACCAUUCUUCGCGAUGGUAAAGGUUCUGCUUGAGUCUGAGAGUUACAAAAAGGUAAAGUUUGUUUAUUCGAACGACCAAAAUACAAAGAAGAUUAUGGAGGGUUUGUUCGAUAUGGAUCAACUUGAACCUGCGUUUGGUGGGAACAACGACACAGAAUUUGACAUGAAUAAAUAUGCUAAGAGAAUGAAAGAGGAAGAUAACAAGAUGCACUCAUUAUGGACACAGACAAACUCGCUAUCGUUGCUCUCGCGCAAUAUUCCUUCUUCUGAUUCAACUGGGUCAGAAACAGAAGCAGAUUCUGAUGCUUCCAACAAUGAGAAAACACUUGGUUCCUCUAUUCCUAACCCUGAGAAAUCACUUGAAGUAUGA